CCAAAAUUUAUUCUUUGUUUAUUUUUUUACUCUAAACUUUUUAAAUGUUUUUAAUAAAAUUCAAAUGUUUUGCAAUCUUUAUACCAGUGUAAGUUAACAAUUUAAGACAUACGCAAUGUUAAAACGAUCAGGAAGUGAGCAAUCAAAUCCAAGUAAACGGGUAAAAGCUGACAAUGACAUGCCACCACCAAGUUUUGUUCCUCGACAGCCAUCAACAUCCAGAAAUAUCAACAGUACUCAAAAACUGUCAGCACCACUGUCAUCUAACAAUAAUAUAAAAAUAAAACUCCAAACAUCCAUAAAGGAACUGAAAUCUAAUCAUAAUGGUUACUUUAGUGACGAUGAAGAAGAAGACGAGGAACUUUGGUUCAGAGCAUCCCAAAUUGAGGAACGUGAAAUGAUGUCACAUCCGAAAAACCCAGUAGACACGACAGAAAUAUCAUAUUCAGAAUUUCAUGAUGCAGAAGGAUUAACAAGCACACAAAAUGAUGGAUUUGCAGUUCCAAUGAGUCAAAUGGAUGUUGCAUCAUCGCAAAAAAUUCGUGUCCUUCAGAAUAAAUGCACGGCACUCGAAAAGCAACUAAAAAGAAAUUUGCCUAAUAUUGCUAAGGCACAAGCAGUUGCGACACAAGCAAAUUGUCAAAUAAAUGAUCUAAGGAACAAAAUUAAAAAGCUACAAGCUGAAAAUGAGGAACUAAGGAAGGACAAACUCAGUGAUGCUGACAGAGUCAAUGAAGCAACAACAACAAUAAGAGGUGAAAAUAAUUGUUUGAGAAACCAAGUUAUCGAAUUGAACAAGAAAGUGCGGGAAUCACAUUUUGAGAGGAGUAUUAUGGACAAAAGUCCGUUAGAUCCAGCAGAAGUGGAAAUGAUAAGGCUUACUGAAAUGAUUUUCGAUGUGAAUAAGACGAGUCAUUUUCGACAAUUGAUGUCACAAGCAACAGCUUACAAAUUUUUAAAAUUUGAUUUAGGAAAUGUGAAUUCAAAGUUUCACAGUCAAUUGAUCACAUUACAGAUGACAAUUGCAGAUCUUCAAGGGAAUUUUUUAAAAAAUGAAAAAAAUUCACUACAAAAAUUUAAUAAUUCAAGAUUUGAAGAUAAAACUAAAUUCAACAAUUUUAAAAUGUUUAACCAAAUUGUUAAGAUUUUCUAUAAAAUUUCCGAUGACAUAAAAUCUUGCGGAUUAAGACACUUGGAUGAGCAUUUUGUGAGAAAGGAAUUUGCAUUUAAACAGACUCAAUAUUGUUCAGAUCAGUAUUAUGGUGAUAAAAAAAAUGCUAAGAAAAUUAAUAAGGUUGAAAAACUUUUAGGAUUUAUUGACAUAAAGAAUCCAUUGACAAAAAGUGAUGAAAUAUUUUUUGAUGAAAUUCGAAUUGAUCAUCGUAGAUUAAUUGGAAUCAUUUCACAAAUAUUGAAUCAAUCUAUUGUUUUAAGUGAAAUGAUGUUGACCCAGAAUAUAUCCACAAAUCCUGCUGAAUACAAAACUGGAAUUGACUUAAUUUGUGACAUUAUUGAUCCUCACAUCCUUCAGUCUAGAUUCCUUUAUAAAAAUUCUGGAAUUACCGCAGCAUUUGCAGAUCUCAUCAAAAAUCUUUCAAUUCAUUACAGACAUUUUAAGUCUGACUAUAAAAACAUCAAUAGAAAUUUUGGAAAACUCUUUAGUCACCUGCUUGCAAUGUCUACAAAUAAUCCACAAAUUCUACUUAAUUUCUCAGAAUUUUUAAUAAAUAUUUUAAGUAACAACAAUGGAGCUGAAAUACUCAAAGAAUUAUGCAAAGAUUUUCCAUCAUUUAAUAUCGAGUAUUCAAGCAUGUUUAAAAUUUAUCAAAUUCCAAGAAGUGGAUGUAUGCUGCAAAUUUUCUUUAUUCUUCUUACAACUGCAUUUCGUUUUAUUGAAAAUGUUGCAGAACAUAAUUUAGAUGUCCUGUUUGAUCUGACAAUCAACUUUAAUACAAUAGUUUUCUUAAUCAUUGCAAAUGGAUGUGAAGUGGAAUUUUUAAAAUCAUCAUCAAUUGAUUCUAGUGAUAUUAAAAAUCAUUGCAAAUGCUACAUGUUUCUUGUUAUUGCAUUAAUUAUUUUAAAUAAUCAGGCUCUAAAACAUAGGAAUGUAGAUAAUAUUAAAUACUACUCUAAAGUAUCAUGCAUUACAAAGUCAGCAGUUGUAACGCUUGUUGCACUUCUGUCAUAUACUGGACAUACAAUUGACUAUAGAAGCUUUACAUUUGGAUAUAAUGCAAUUAAUGAACUUUAUACAUGGAUAACAUUUGGUGACAUUUAUGUAAUAAAUUCUGAACGAUUUUACAAUUGCAAAACAUUGUUCCUGACGCAGGACAGUCAUGAAAAAUUUAUUGAAAGAAUUAUAACAAGUACAAGCAAUGACUAUUCAUAUUCAUUUAUAACGUGUGACUCAAAUCCUGAAGAAAAUGAAGAAGCUGAAGAUGGUUCAAAUGAGGCAAAAACUGAUUUAUGGAAUGAAAUUACUAAUGACUUUAAAGCUGAUGAAAGUGAUAUUUCAAGAAUCAGUUUUCCAAGAUAGUGUAGAACUAAACUCCAAGGCAUGAACUCAUGUCCAAUGCACAAAUUUCAUCCGGAACAAUGCUGAAUUCAAACAAUCAACAUCGAUUGUCAUUUAAUUCGUAAAUGCAAUAUACUUUUUAACUGCACAAGUAUUGAUUAAUUCAUUGAUGACUAUAAAUUGUGCAAAAUUAAAUGAGAAAUGUAUUAUGUCAUAGAAUAACACAGGGAAUAAAUAAAAAAAAAUUGUUGAUAUAUUAAGAAUUUAUAAGAGCAA